GCGGCGGUCACAUCUCUAACGGAAAUGUUUUGGUGACCGGCUGCAGAAAAACGCGGAUUAUUGUUUUAGUUUUCUGUUUUGCUUGUGAAAUCAGUUAACCCACCGCCACAAACUUUAAAACUCCAGCUGCAAUCGCAGUCUAUAAAGAGAAAUGCAUUCACCUUUGCCUUUCCACACGGUGUAACCCCGGUGCGACGCGCAAUAUCGCGACCACGUGAAAUACCGCAGCCAUGGAUCUGUCUGAGUUUCCAGACAUCGAUAUUGACCACCUUUUGGACGCCACGACUGCGCUGGAAGAUAGCUUCCUGACGCCCUACAAGCAAGUUUCGAUACCCAAGGUUAACACGCGGAUCAGGGAGAAGCGCAUUCGGCUGGCCGAACGGAUUACCCAGGGCGACGAAUUGAUCCGGCAGGUCAAGCAGCUUCAGGUGCAAAACAAGCAGCUGGCUGACCUGCAGCGUACCGCCCAGGAGGUAACGGAUCUGUACCAGAAGGAAAAACAGCAGCGCCUCGAGCUCCAGAAGCAAUCCCAACAGCUCGGCGAGCGGUUCGCGGAACUUGAGAAGGAGUUUGAUGCCCAGGUCAUACAAUGCGAGAAUCUGCAAGAGAACCUGGAGACUCGGGCUCUGCCAGUGGAUGCCAAAGAAGUGUUGGGAAUCCUCCUACAGCUGGAACAGCGGUUGGGCGACGAUGCCGGUUUGGUGCGCCGUGACCAGAACAUUGUGAAAAAGCUGAAGGACUACUGCAAGACGGUCAACAUAAGCAUACCCACGCCAAAGAGUCCCAGUCCGCGGAACAAACGGCGAAGCCAAGCUUCGCAAACUGACACGGAGCCUGUUCCGGAGAAACCAACUCUGUGCUCUGUGGCCGUGCAGGUGGAGAAUCUUAAACAGACCCGCGACCAGGGAACGCAGCACAAAAACACCACCACCACCAGGGGUACCACGACGGCCUCGUUCAUUAAAAAGCACGAUGUGGGCACCAGCUUCCCUGAACCAAAGCCCCUCCCCAAUGUGCGGCAGAUCCUUGACGAAAUGCUGUCCUGGCGAGAUGAACCACUGAGACCGCUGAGUCCCCUGUGUGAUUUGCUCCCCGAAAUGGAGAAUAUUCCCGCCACCGUCAGUGUGGCCACCUGCACCACUCUAUGUAACAUACACCGGGAGAUUGACUUCAUGUCGGAGUUGCCGCCGCAAAUCAAGGUGUCCGCUUCCCGGCCGCCCUCGCGAACCAUGUUGGAUAACGUGAAGGAGGAGGCCCGGUCGUCCAGGGAGCUCGCCAAGGAGCUGCUAAACUUUCUACCUCAAAACCAAACCUGCCUGGCCAAUCUGCCGCCACAGGCCUUCGAGGAGCUGUGGCAGGUAUUUGGUCAAAUGGUGCUGGGACUUCUGCAGCGGCGCUCCACUCCGCCCACUGUAAGUCAGGCGGACUUCACUAACUGGCUGUACGAGCUCUAUGAGGGCACGCAGGGUCAGCCAGUGCAGACCGCCAGCAAGGACGCCAGCCAAAAAGAUUUCUCAGGCAGCACGGAGUGUAUGGACGUUGGGACAGAUCCCAUCAUUGCAUCGCCGAACAUCAGUCACGGCGGAGACGUCACUCCCAUACGCCUUCCAGCGAAACCUAGAGAACGGAGGCACAAGUCCAAGAAGCGCAAAGCAGCUGCUUCCACUAAAAAACCCAUUGCCAAAAGAACGUGCCAGGAAAUGGAGCCUGCAGAGGAUAACUCAGAGAGCACACAGAAAUCUAAGAGUUUAGAACAAGAACAAGAGCCAGAAACGGCGAUCCAAUUCUUAAGCAACUUGAAUACUUUUAACAUGGCCAACUGUGAUAAUCUCGACAUGGAAUUGGAUGAGGAGGAAAUGUACUUGCUUCAGUUGACUUCCAAGCCAACAGUUCAGGAAGAACAGGAGCAAGCCCAAGAGGCGGAGUGCGUAAGCCAAUUCCUACCCUUGCCUGAAGACCAAGAGAGUCAGUCGUCUUUAAAAGAUGACAUAGAACUGGAGCACACCGAAAAUGCUGAAAACCCAGAGAUCCCUGAUGGGAUUACCUGCAAGGAAAAAGAUUCGGAAAACCGUUCAACCCUACCAGAUUUAUUUCAAGAAAAGGCGAGGGAAACUGAAAACAUUACUUACUUACCAGAUUUAUGUCCAGAUGAAGUACAUCCUUCAGCGGCACCACUCAACAGUGCUGGUAUGCAGCUGGAUCAGAAUGAGGAAAAGGCGAACAUAACCAACUUAAUAGAUGCACCGCCAACUGUUACGGAUACGACUUUUAAUGACAGUGAUUCCGGCAAAGAAAGCAAUCUAAGUGAAAAGCAGUUGGCCAUUGAAGAGAUUGAUUCUUUUAAAGAGCUUCUAGUCGAGCCUGCUUCUACAGGAACAACUCUAAAGGAAGCCGAUCAUUAUUUAUACUCCAGCGAUUCCGAUUCCGAGGACAACACCAUACAGAGCGUAAAAGGAACAACAUUAAAUAUAAGUACCCCUGCAAGUCCAUUAAAAGCAAAGUGGAUAAUAUGUCCUACCUUUUUGGCAGUGACUCUGAUUUGGAAUCCGAAGCAAGCGAAGACCAGCUAUCUAAAGAAGACAUUGAGGUGGAGCCAAUUGAAACGGAGAAAGAGGCAACCUCAAGUGAUGCUGAAUCCUGUACCCAAAAGCUCCUUAAGAAAGAAACCAAACGAAGUCUCAAAGAAUCGGGAAGAGUGUAACACAAGUGGAUCCGUUUCCAGCGAAUUAAAUACAGUAGACUCUGAGGAAGACCUAAACGAAAGUGAGUCGGAAACUAGUAAUCAACAGGAGGAAACCAAAUCGAGUUCCAUUGCGUCAGAAUGUGAGAUCUACGACAAUGAAGCAGGAUCCUGCAGAAAGCUGUUGUGUAAAGAAACUGAAUUGGAAUCAACGGAUUUAGUUCCUAGUCUCCCUAACCUCAUUGAGGAUUCCACCUCAGAUUUGGAAAAUAAUGUGAAGCUGAUUCACACUCAACUAACGAGUCCCACCCUGAGCUCCAGUGACGAUUCCGAAGACGAUAGCAAGCUGAUCAUUGAUGUCGAAAUGCCUCCCAGCAUAGUGCUGCCUUUAGCAAGCCCCAAGCGAAGUAGAACUGUAUCCGAGUUCAGGAGUCCAACCCCAACCCAAGGCGAAGGUCGGCUAACUCGCCAGAGAGCCAAACAACUGUUACUAGAACAACACCCCAGCACAGAGAACGCAAAACCGCUUAUAGAGGAAAUCAGACGGCAGUUGAAGCAAGCGCAAAACAAAUCAGAGAUCUGUAAUCCUGCUCCUGUUACGUCUGCGGAGCAGUAUAGGAAAAACCCUGAAGACUUGCAACCUGAUCAAAGUUAUAAAUGCAAUGAAGAGUCGCCAGCGUCUCCCCGUCCCGAGCCCAUGGAGGAGUUGGUCGAUUCCUAUACAGAAAUCCCGCUGGAACAAGCUGAUGACAUGCAAUACGAUGGCCAACCAAAGUCGAUUAUCCAGCAUGUAAUUGAUCACUACAAAGCCGAUCCGAAGCUCAACCAACUGCGAAGGAAAACGCUAGGAAAGUCACAGCAAAGACUUUGCGCUUCCAUAGGUAAAUACCUAGAGGAGAGCUUGGCACUAGAAAGCUUGUCCCUGGAGGUCUACAAGCUAACCAAGGAGGAGGCUGUGAUCGUUAACGCCAUGGUAGUUGUAGUCACCAAGAUCGGCCUCGAAGGAAAAAAUCUCGAGCGCCUGCUCAGUGCCCUAAAUUACUUUGGUUUCACGCAGAGAUUUCUGGCUGAACUGGAGGAGCGCCUGUUUCGGAACACCAAGGAACGACCGCCCACUGAAUUGGCUAUGAAGUACGUAAAGCUCUACUUAGCGGCGGUGUCUCACCAGGCGAGUGUUACACAAGAAUACGCGAAUCCGGCGAGGCUGCUACUGGCCAAGCUGCUCUAUCACUACGAACAGGAUAUGCCGCGGACGGUAUUGGCGGUCCUCCGCCACUUUCCAACCGUGCUACCCCAUCGCGAGGAGCGGCAGUACGAUCACUCGGACCCCCUGAUCACAGUGUUGAAGCAUUUGCUAAUGAGCCGGACGUACGACAUGCAGGAUCCGGAAGGCGCCGAACGAUUGCUGCUCUCCAAGCUGCGCUUUGAGUACCACUACCAGCCUUUUGAACCGAACAAAGAGCAGGUACUGGAGAACCUGGUGGAGAAGCUAAAGGCGGGCCGCAGCCUGGACCAGCUUGGCUACGCCUUUGCCCUCUUCUGCCGGCGCAGUCCGCAGAUCAAAGCCGUAGACUUAGUGGUCACGGAGCACCUAAUGCCGCUCGCCACCAGCUACUGUGAUCUGGCCGCUGCCCAGGAUGAGUCCUACGAUGACCGCCUCGUGGUUGUGCUGCAGUGCAUCUCGAUGGUUCUAAAGCCACUACCUCUUGAAACGGAUAUCUCCGCCUUUGUGGGACUCGUCAAGCGGUUGAUCGUGGCCGUGCCACGUCCCGGUGUCCAGCAGGCAGCUGUACAGGCCUGCUUGCGUCUGCAACGCUUCGGGUUCCAGACGAUACGAGAUGCCCUGCAAAACUACAGGCCCAACUAUCCGUUGGAUCCGCUCACGCGGAGCAUGCUGCGUUGCUUUGCGGAGCGGCGGAAGCGAUACCACAUCAUAGCGCCCAAAGGAAAGGCCGCCAGAACGUAGGCGCUGUUCCCUUGUAUAAUUUUCAACUAUUUAUUUAUGAA